AUCAUGUCCAUCAGUUAUUGAUGACUUCUUCCAGGUGACUGGAGGUUGUGCCAUGCUGGGAUCUCCACAAAGAUGGACGCUGUCAACGUCAACCACAAAUAUGUCAGACUACAUUGGCCAACCUAAACUGUUUCUUUGUAAUCUGAUCAGGAAGAAGAGCGUAGCAGACGCUCUUCAGUCCUUGUGACUUCUCUGUCCUGGUGAACGAGCCUCAUGGUAACAGGUCUCAACCCUGUUUCCUAACCAGCCGUCUCCUGGGUUUCUCCUCUCCUCUCGUUCGUCCAGUUUGGUAAUGGAUCUCCUCUGGGCUCUUUUCGUGUCCUUGCUUGCCAUAAGCGUAGCCAUCCCUAUGGACGCUGCAGCGGGGAGCCACAGCCUGUUCUCCUGCGAGCCCAUCACCCUGCGCAUGUGUCAGGGCCUGCCGUACAACUCCACCUUCAUGCCCAACGUGCUCAAACACUAUGACCAGCAGACUGCCGCUCUUGCCAUGGAGCCCUUCCAUCCCAUGGUGAACUUGAAGUGCUCUCCAGACCUCAGGAUGUUCCUCUGUGCCCUCUAUGCCCCAGUGUGCACUGAGUAUGGCCGGAUGACUCUGCCCUGUCGCCGCCUCUGUCUGCAGGCCAAGARUGACUGCUACAAACUGAUGGAUAUGUUUGGUGUCAGCUGGCCUGAAGAGAUGGACUGCAACAGGUUUCCAAACUGUGAUGAAUCCUACCCACGUCCUGUAGACCUCCUGUCCAGUUCAGAUUCAACAGAGUCCCCUAUUUCCAUCCAGAGGGACUACGGCUUCUGGUGUCCUCGGGAACUAAAAAUUGACCCAGAGCUCAGCUACUCUUUCAUGGGGGUCCGGGACUGCUCACCCCCCUGUCCUAACAUGUUUUUCUCUCGUGAAGAGCUGGUGUUUGCCCGUUACUUUAUUGGGGUGGUGUCCAUUGUCUGUCUGUCGGCCACUCUGUUCACUUUCCUGACUUUUCUCAUUGACGUGUCACGAUUCCGCUACCCCGAGCGGCCGAUUAUAUUUUAUGCAGUGUGCUACAUGAUGGUGUCUUUGGUCUUCUUCCUCGGGUUCCUGCUGGAGGACAAAGUUUCCUGUAAUGUAGCGAGUCCUGGGAGGUUUAGGGCUUCGACUGUGACUCAAGGCUCCCAUAAUAAGGCCUGCACUCUUCUCUUCAUGGUGCUGUACUUCUUCACCAUGGCUGGCAGCGUGUGGUGGGUCAUUCUGACCAUUACCUGGUUCCUGGCCGCUGUUCCUAAAUGGGGCAGUGAGGCCAUAGAGAAAAAGGCUCUGCUGUUCCACGCCUGUGCCUGGGGUGUUCCCGGCAUCCUGACUGUCACUCUUCUUGCCAUGAACAAGAUUGAAGGAGACAGCAUCAGUGGAGUUUGCUUUGUGGGGCUGUACAACCUGACAGCACUGCGCUGGUUUCUACUUGCCCCACUCGGGCUGGAUGUUGUGGUGGGUGUUGUGCUCUUACUGGCAGGCAUUGCUGCACUCAAUCGUGUUCGCAUGGAGAUCCCUCUGGAGAAGGAGAACCAGGAGAAACUUGUAAAAUUCAUGAUUCGCAUUGGCAUUUUUUCGGUGCUCUACCUGGUUCCUCUGCUGAUCGUAUUAGCCUGCUACCUUUAUGAGAGCAGUUACCGAACCAUCUGGGAAACCACCUGGGUACAGGAGAAGUGCAGAGACUACCACAUCCCUUGUCCCUAUCAGGUGGAGAAGACUAGCCAGCCCAACUUGGUCCUCUUCCUCAUCAAGUACCUGAUGAUGCUGAUUGUGGGAAUCCCUUCUUUGUUCUGGGUGGGCAGCAAGAAGACUUGCUUCGAGUGGGCCAGUUUCUUCCAUGGCAAGAGGCGCAAAGAUGGAAUGGUCAACGGGAGUCGACAGGUGCUCCAGGAGCCAGACUUUGCCCAGUUGCUGUACAGAGACCCCAACACGCCCAUCGUUAGGAAGUCCAGAGGGACGUCCACACAGGGGACCUCCACCCAUGCCUCCUCCACCCACCUGGCCAUGCUGGACGAGCCUCCCAGUAACAGCACCAGCCGAGCUGGCUCCAUCCGCAGUGCACRCUCCAAGAUGAGCAGCUACCACGGCAGCCUGCACCGCUCCAGAGACAGCAGACACGCAGACUCCAGUUUCCGGGGAGGAGAUGAGCGGCCACCUUACGGGAGCAUGCCUCGCCUCAGUGACCAGUCCAGACUUUGCAGCACCAACCGACUGGACUGCCUGUCAAGGCACAACUCCACUCUAAGAUUGGAGAACCAAUCACGGCACAGCAGCAUCAAAGACCUGAGCACCGUAGCUCAAGCAGUCCUCAGUGUCCCUGGAAACGGUAUCCACAGGAUGACGGAGGAGGACGGAGCUGCAGCCUGAACUAAAACUGACAGCAGGAAGGAUCACUCAAACCUCUCUGCAGAAAACGAAGAGUGAUGAGACGCUGAGGACCGGUGGCCGGUUCUGUGGACAUUAUAGAGAUCCACUUUGUGAUGCAUUCAGAAACGAAUUUGAAUCUUUGCCUUAAAACGUUCCUCAGCUGAGUUGUCUGCUUAGCCCAAACCGAAGAACAUAAUAUAUGAAGGAUGUUUAGUUUUAAAGAUGAGGAUUUGAUGUUGGACCUAAACUGAGCCUGUCCAGAACAAAAUGUGAACACUGACAAACUGCACUUCAGUUUUUUUUUUAUUCAAAGAUGAGACAUCAGGUUUGUCCUCUUGCUUUUUUGUUUAUACUUUGGAGAGUUGAAGUAGUUUUUCUUGUACAUUUAGUGUCACACUUGUAAACCUUUAUACCACUAAGAUGUCUUCUUAGUUAAUAAAAGUAAAGAUUGAGAAAAUGA